AUGGCUGAAUUUCCAAACAGAAGAAGUUGGAGAAAUGCAGGACAGGAGGGGGAAGAGUUCCAAGAAGAAGCUGUGUGGGGAUUCAGGACGAGGGGAACAGCUCAAAACAACAGCUUUCAAUCUGGUAAUAACAAUCAGCGGCAUUCCGUGCCGAUCGACAUCCCUGAUUGGGUAAAGAUGCUGAUGAGAUGGAACCAUCAUGGUCGUAACAGUACUGUGGAUGGGAUUCAGGGUACAAAUGAUAAUGCUAAUUAUAAUGAUUUAGUUGAUGAUAAUGAAAAUACUGAUGAGGAAUUGCUGCCACCCCAUGAGUUAAUAGCCAGGAGGUAUGCCCCCGGGAACUCCCGGGUUGUUGCCUCCUCAAUGUUCCAUGGAGUUGGGAGAACCCUCAAAGGCAGAGAUCUCAGGGAUGUCAGAAAUGCCAUCUUAACCAGUACUGGAUUUCUGGAAUCAUAA